CAUCAUACAAGCCGGCAUCCGCCAUGUCGUUCCUUUUGUGUUGUGGAACAGGAAGCACCCUCGUUAUACCAAAAUUGCCCAAAACGGUGGAGGGCGCGUAUGAACAUCGUAAGAAAGUUCUCUUGUCGUGAUCCUGCCAAGCUCACAAUAUUUCCGCCAUGAAAUUGGUUCUUGGCGACGGCGGACUUGGCAAACCACAGGACGGAAAAAGCAAUGAACUACUCCGUCACAAGCAACAUCAUUCGGUUACGAAGCCGUCGCAUACGCCAGUGUAACUGAAAAGUCCUAGUCCUACGUAUGAAUUACGUAGAAUAACAACGUGAAUUCAGUAUUGCCAUACACAAAGGGAAAAUUCUAUGGCAGGAGGAUUUUCUAGACGGCCUUUUGCACAACCGCUCUGCCCCAGAGCGAACCGAGAAGGAAUGGAGCUGGGAGCUCUCCUAGCCUCCCCAUCGAUCUUAUGGUCAUGUUUCAUCUAUCCUGGGUCAAAACAUAGUGCCGCUGAUAUUACCUAUAGAAGCUAUUAUUCAGCCUUGGUUGCAAACAUCAAGAUUUCGGCUCCACUCGAAUUCAUUCUCGAGUUCGAAGCUCGACGAUAGCCAGCGUAUAUAAGAGCGAGAAGGGCAUCCGCUGCAUACCGAUAGAACGACAAGCUCAAACUGCUCAUUACCAGACCACCUCUGUUCAUUCAUUCUCUCGUUAAUUUGUAUCUCGUCCCUCUCUGAAAAACCACUCGUUUUCAAUCAUCAUCAUGAAGUUCGCCCAAAUUAGCACGCUUGUUGCUCUUUUGUCACCGGCAACUGCAACUGUGGUGAAAAGGGCUUUCCCUAUCCCAGCCAGCAAGGGCUCCGUUACCUAUAGCUCACCAAAGUCCGUUUCAGGCGUUUUUGAUGGCGGUCUCAAGACAUACGGCCGUGGUGUGUCCUGCACUGGCCAAGCUGAAGGUGGCGAUUCUGAUGCAGUCUUCCUUCUCGAAGACGGUGCUACAUUGAAAAACGCCAUCAUCGGCGCCGAUCAGAUCGAAGGUGUUCACUGCAAAGGUUCCUGCACUAUUGAGAAUGUGUGGUGGGCGGCUGUUUGCGAAGAUGCACUUUCACUCAAAGGCGAUGGAGACGCUAAGAUCAUUGGAGGUGGUGCCACUGGAGCUGAGGAUAAAGUUAUUCAACACAACGGAGCCGGCACUGUUACCAUUGAUGGCUUCAAUGUUCAAAACUUUGGCAAGCUAUAUCGCUCGUGCGGUAACUGCAAGAAGUCUGCGGAGCGGCAUGUCGUUAUCAAAAACGUGGUUGCCUCGAGCGGCUCUGUCCUCGCUGGAAUCAACUCCAAUUUUGGAGACACGGCAACCAUCACCGCUACCUGUGCCAAGAACGUGAAAACAAUCUGCCAGGAGUACAAGGGAACCACUCCCGGAAAUGAACCAACCAAGGGCUCGUCUGGACCGAGCGCCGCUUGCAUCUACAAGACAUCAGACAUCACUUCUUCUUGCUAGAUCUGUGAUCUGCUGAAGUUGUGCGCAAGAUCUCUGAAGGGCGGAGACGGCAUACUACGGACAAGGUCAAGAUAUAAAAAAGGCGCUCAAGACAGGCAAAGUAUCAAGUAUGCCGUGUUCGACCUUCAUGCUACUGCUCCAUAUUGUACAUUCUUACAAACAAGCGUUAUUGCGAUUUCUAGACCGUUACCUA